UACCACCCCAUCAACUUAACGAGAAGCCUUUCUUCAUUACUGUCUUUUAUUCUUUCUUUGUGUUUAGUUCAAUCCAAUUGAAAUGGCAUCUACUUCUACCACUAGCAGCUACUCACAAUUUGAGGAAUUUGCACCAUCAACAUCUGCUUCUGGUAGAUCCUAUGAUGUUUUUAUUAAUCAUCGCGGUCCCGAUGUCAAGCACACACUAGCCACUACUCUUUACAGAAUGCUUACUAAUGGCAUGGGACUCAGAGUCUUCCUGGAUUCAGAAGAGCUUGAAUUGGGGGAUUCCUUGCCCACGGAACUACAGGAAGCAAUCAAAAGUGCUUCGCUUCAUAUUGCUAUAUUCUCACAGAAUUAUGCACAAUCUCGCUGGUGUUUAGAUGAGCUGUCAUUUAUGUUCAGAACAGGCACUAGAAUUGUCCCCAUCUUCUACUAUACCGAAGUUGCAGAUGUCCGAUAUGCAAAAGGAGUCUAUGCUGAAGCAUUUCAGUUGUACCUAAAUAAAGGUAGAUACAGCUCUGAAAAGCUUAAGGAGUGGAAGGAUACGCUCUUCAAUGUUUCACAUAACAUUGGUUACAUCGUUAAUAGCAAGGAAAAGGAAGACAUGUUGCUGAAGAGUAUUACUUAUUGUGUUGUGAAAGAAAUUAAAAAGUUACCAUUCGUGGUCGCAGAACAUCCUGUGGGUUUAGAUGAAAUUGUACAAGAUUUUGAAUUGACUACACUUCAAUCUGACAGAAGUCAUCAGGAUAUGCAAAUGGUUGGAAUAUGGGGCAUGGGUGGUUCUGGCAAGACCACUCUUGCUAAAAAGUUAUAUAAUAAUAUAUAUCCAUCUAUGGAGAAGGCUAGCCUCAUAUUAGAUAUUAGAGAUGCUGCUAACAAAAACUUGUUGUGCGAUAAGCAGAAAAAGCUUUUGGAGGAUCUUGGUUUCAAAGGUUUAUCAGUUGACAAUGUAGAAGAGGGGAAAGCAAUUCUUACAAGCCACUUGAGAUCUAUUCGGGCUUUAAUUGUUCUGGAUGAUGUUGAUCAUGUGGAUCAAUUGAAUGCUUUAUUGCCCUAUCGAGGAUCUGAGAGUUUGAUUGGGUCGGGUGCUUUGAUUAUUGUCACCACAAGAGAAUUAGAAGUUCUUAGAUGUUGGGACAUCUCCUCCCACUAUAAAAUGAAACCAUUGAGUGCAAUUCAUGCUGAGCAACUUUUUUGUUGGCAUGCUUUUUUAAAAUCAUCUCCACAAAAUGGAUUUGAUGAGCUUGUUGAAAAAUUCUUAGAAGCUUGUAGUGGUUUGCCAUUGUCUCUCAAAGUCCUUGGUGGGCAGCUGUAUGGAAACGUAAACAAAGAUUCCUGGAAGACUCAAUUGGAGAAGAUCUCUAGAAUAUUACCCAAGGAUAUCAAAUAUAAGCUGAAAAUAAGUUAUGAUGCAUUAGAUGAGGAAGAGCAAGAGGUAUUCUUGGAUAUUGCAUGUUUCUUUGUUGGAGAAAAAAGUGAUUUGGCAAUUGAAGUAUGGAUUGGAUCAGGGUGGAGUGGUUUGUACAGUUUGGAAAGGUUGAGGAAUAAAUGUCUUGUUGAAAUAGAUGAGAAAAAUUACCUUGUAAUGCAUGAUCAUUUAAGAGAUUUGGGAAGAGAAAUUGCAAAUGAGCAAUCACCUUACCGACUUUGGUCUCCCCAACAAUGUAUUAAAAUUUAUAAUAAACAGAAUGAAAUAGGCAUAGGAGGAAUAAUGGCCAGCUUAGUUCGAGUAUUGAAUAACUGUCUCUGGUUUAUGAUUCAUAAUGAAGAACAGGUAACAUUAGCAUUUUUUAUUUGUCUCACUCACCGGUGAAAUAAAUUCUCUUUGUUUCUGUUUGUGUGGUUGCCUCAAGCAAGUUCUAUUAUUCUCACUGUUCAAUUUUAUGUUUUAUUUGGGUUCAGAUUGGAAU